CUUUUUCUCUCUAGCACCCGGUACUCUCAUGUUUUCGGACCAUCCUCUACUUCCCAAUUCACAAUUACACUUCUUCCCUCAUCUCCCGAGUCUAGACGUUUCUCUUUAAACAAAGUUAAACAAAGAAGAAGAAAACUCAUCUUCCAAUUUUUUUCAAACUUAUUUAACCAAUCUUCUUCUCUUCAAAAACUGGUCUAUAUUUAUAUAUUCCUCUAUUUCAACUUCCUUCCCACCGGACCUAACAUUGCGAGGGAGUUAUUGAAGAUCCGAUUUCCCUCCACACUCCGACUCUCCUUCUCUUGCACGAGCACUGCGUUUGAUUAAAAAACGAGUGCAGUAUACCGAAUUCACUUGUUCUCAGCUUGAAGAAUCAAGCGGUGUUUGCCCCCAUUUAAAUUUUAGGGUUUCUAUUUGACCAUGGCUGAUUUUCAGACAUCUACCCACCGAGCAAGGUGGAUCUUUUCUCCACAACAACUGGUUGAGAAAUAUACAGCUGCUAAUCAGAGAGCUAGACAAACCCUAGAGAAGUGUGGAGCAAGUCUAAUGGAAGUAGAUAGUAAUGGGUCUUUGUCAUAUCCUGAACCCCAGACAACCGCAAGUGAUAGUGCUGAAAAACAUUCUCGGGUAAAACCUCUUAGUAAUGAAGAAGAACGAUGUAUUAAGGUAUUUUAUGAAAUCAAGCUACAAGAAGUGUGCAACAAUUUCCACUUCCCUCAUAAGAUCCAGGCUACAGCCCUCAUAUUUUUUAAAAGGUUCUAUCUGCAAUGGUCGGUGAUGGAACAUCAACCAAAAAAUAUAAUGUUGACCUGCAUAUAUGCUGCUUGUAAGAUAGAAGAAAAUCAUGUAUCGGCUGAGGAGCUUGGUAAGGGGAUUUCGCAAGAUCAUCAAAUGAUUCUCAAUAAUGAGAUGAUAGUUUAUCAGAGUCUGGAUUUUGAUCUUAUAGUUUAUGCUCCAUACCGCUCGGUUGAAGGUUUUACAGAUUAUAUGGAGGAAUUUUGCAAUACUGGCGAAGAUGAGCUUCCAAAAUUCAAGGCUUUGCAAGAUACGGCAGGGCGGGAAGUUGAUAAAAUGAUGCUUACAGAUGCACCACUCUUAUUUACUCCUGGGCAGUUGGCCUUGACCGCUCUACGUACCUCAAAUGCACUUCAUAAAGUUGUCGACUUUGAUAGUUUCCUGAGCGGUAUUUUUUCCCAUAAGAAUUCUACACACACAAUGGGCGAACUUCUUGAGUCAUUGGAUGCAAUUGAUUCUUGGGUUAGAAAAUACACAAGUCCUUCAGAGAAGGAAUUGAAGCAUAUCGACCGUAAACUGAAGUCUUGUUGGGGUCAUGACGAGGGAAAGAAGAGGGAGAAGAAAUCAAAGCACAAGUCCAGAAAGAGCUCGAAAGAAGCACAAAAUGUGUAGCCUCUUCUCUAGUUUUAUAGAAUUGAACAUGAAGUAUGGGGGGUUGAAGAGCUUGUUUUUUUUUCUUCUAUUGAAAACACCAACAUGAUAGAACAAACCUGGGUCCAUUUUCUUUAGUUAGAAGAAAGGAGGAGAAAAAAAAUCGUUCGAGCUAGUUUUAGCUCACCUCCAAAACUGAGAUAAUUUGAAGGAGAGGAAUUAUUUAUUUAAAAUUUGCACUAAAUUUACAUAUUUCCUUUAUUAGAA